AUGUCCUAUGAGCCCCAGCCCCCAUCGCUACUCUAUCCAAACGCCGCCGCCGCCGAAGAGGCGCUCAAGGAUUUCGCCCUGCAGAAUGGCUUCGACCUGAUCAUUGCGGAGCGCUACCCGCGGGGCUCGGGCGACAACUGCACCCGCCUCACUUUUCGCUGCGUCCGGGGCCGCGCAGCAAAACAAAAUUCAACAACCACUGCCGCUGCCGCUGCCGCUGCUUCCUCCUCUUCUUCUUCCCCGUCAAGCGCUCGCGGUGCGGCUGCAGGCAAAGCCGCCACCGCCACCGACAGCGGCGGUGACGACGACGACGAAGAGGGAGGCGGCGGCGGCGGCAGCAGCAGCACGCCGGCCAAAAAACGCCGGCGCGCCCGGUCGCAGAUGACGGGCUGCCCGUACCGCAUCAACAUCAAGGCGCAAAAGUACGAGGGCAUGGGCUGGCGCAUCGACCGCGUCCAGCACCGCGGCAGCGGCGGGCCCGGGCUGCUGCAGGGCCACAACCACGACCUGUGCCUGCCGACCGCCUUCACCACGUUCCGCCACCGCAACCUCAGGCGCCACGAGGCUCGCAUCAUGGAGCUCUACCGGCAGGGACGGAAGCCGAGGGAGAUCAUGGCGCAGAUCGAAAAGGACAUUGAGGAGCGGCGCGUCACGGGACAACCAGGGGAGGGGAACGGUAGUGGGGUUGAGCUUGAUUACCACGGCCAGGGGGUCGGGUUUUCGUACCAGGAUAUGCAGAAUAUGCUGCAGAGGAAAAAGAGGGACGGGCUGUUGGAGGGCCCUGAAGACGUUCUCGGGAAGGUUGCCGUGGAUGCGCCUGAGGAGGCUGCUGGUGAUGUUCCUGGGCAUGUUCCCGAGGAUACCCCUAGAGAUGCUCUUGGGGAUGCUCCUGCGGAUGCUCCUGCGGAUGCUGCGGCUGGGAUGGACUCUGGCGAUACAGAUAAAAAUGAUGCGAAUGGUGUUGGGCAUGACACAGUUAAGGAACCUCAAGGUCAGGUCUCACCACCACAUCCUACCGGAGUUGAAAGCAGUCCAAAACCUCCAGCUGUACAGUCUUCAUAA